UGCCUAUCUUGGCGUGCACAACACAACAUUGCCGUUACACGAAACUUCUAGCGUGCGUUAUCACAAACCAUGAUCACAGCCCCGCAUUAAGAUGUUCCAGUGCCAGCGCUAGCUACACUGCUCUCGCAGAGUUAGCUGAUCAAUUCUUCACACCCAGAGGCCGCUCAAGCUAGCAACGUCAAUCCGCAGCUACGACCGGGGAGCAGCCAAUCCAUGGCCGUCGGCGCGGCGAGCAGGCGGUACAUGGGGCCCCUCCUGUGCAUCAACCUCGUCAUGCACGGCGCCGUCCUCGGCAUCGCCGGGUGGUCGAUCAACAAGUUCAUCGACCGCGAGACCCACCGCCAUUUAGGAGGUAACACGGCGACGGGGUACCUGCUCGUCUUCUCGCUGAUGGCCGGGGUGGUCGGCGCCUGCUCGGUUCUCCCCGGCCUGCUUCACGUCAGGGCGCCGUGCCGCGGCGAGAGCCUCGCCACAGCGGCCUCCACCGGGCUCGUCUCCUGGGCGCUCACCGCCCUCGCCUUCGGCCUCGCGUGCAAGCAUGUCACCCUAGGGAACCGAGGAAGGCGCCUGAGGACACUGGAGGCGUUCAUCACGAUCUCGGCGCUGACACAGCUGCUCUACCUGAUGCUGCUUCACGCCGGAACCCUCAGCAGCGUUUUUGGCCCGGACAGCCGGAAUCAAGACCACUCUCAAGGUUGCUGCGAAAUCCACCGUGAAGAGCUCGACAGGAGCCAUAAGCAAGGGGCUCCAGAGUUUCCGUCCUCGGAUGCAUGA